AUCCUAGUCUACGGAAUAGUAAACACUCACAUUGUGCUUUUAGGGGCUGUGAUUUGUUCACAUCGGCAAGCCGUUGAGCCCACCAAAAUUCUGCUGACCGCUUAAACGUUCUCCACUCUGAUAGGGUCGAAGACCGGCCAUGUUUUGCUGGCACCGCCGCAGCACAGCAAGGAACCAGGCCUAGUAAAGUUGUCUCACUCCUGCUCGUUUGCAUCUCACAUUCUUUUCUUUUCUUCCUUCUUCCUCGCCCAAUUACCCAGAUUACCACUGUUCAUUUCUUCUCUUUCUUCACACAGUACUAAGUUAUAUCACAAUCCCUUCACAUCUUGAUCCGCGCCACAAUGGCGUCUCCCGAAGUUAAGAAGGCUAUUGCAGAGGCCGCCUCGCAGUAUGUGAAGCCGGAAGGGAAGGUCUUCCAGUAUGGUACAGCGGGAUUCCGUAUGAGGGCUGAUUACCUCAACACAGUCGUUUUCGCCGUCGGACUUCUAGCAGGGCUUCGCUCUAAAAAGCUUAGUGGUCAAUGGGUUGGCGUUAUGGUCACUGCCAGUCACAAUCCUGCUGAGGACAAUGGUGUCAAGCUCGUUGAUCCCAUGGGUGAAAUGCUAGAGGCCGAGUGGGAAACUCAUGCGACAAAGCUUGCCAAUGUUCCCAUGGAGUCCAUUGCUGAUGUAUACGAAGAGCUCAUCAAGGAAAUCGAUGUCAGCAUGGAAAACCCAGCGCGCGUUGUCUUUGCCCGGGAUACUCGCGCCUCUGGCUCUCGCCUCGUGGGAGUCCUCAAUGCUGCUCUCACCGCCACGGACGUCGAAUUCCUUGACUUGAAAUAUAUGACCACACCCCAGCUUCACUAUGUUGUUCGAUGCAAAAACACUUUAGGAACGCAGUACGAGUACGGCGAGCCCACCGAACAAGGGUACUAUGAGAAACUUGCCGCUUCUUUCAAGAAAGUCAUGCGGGGCGUCAAGGUUAACGGUUCGCUGACUGUUGACUGCGCAAAUGGUGUGGGUGGACCGAAAUUGAGAGAGCUCAUCAAAUAUCUUCAUAGCCCUGAGGAGGGCGGCAUCGACAUCAAAAUAGUGAAUGACGAUGUUAUUAACCCCGACAGUCUGAAUCUCGACUGUGGUGCCGACUACGUAAAAACAAAACAGCGGGCUCCUCCAUCAUCCAAAGCAUCUCCCCUCGAUCGCUGUGCCUCUCUGGACGGAGAUGCUGAUCGACUCAUUUACUACUUUAUGGAUGAGGGCAAUGUUUUCCGCAUGCUAGAUGGUGACCGAAUCGCUACGCUUGCAGCUUCUUUCAUUGGCGACCUUGCCCGAAGCGCUGGAAUUGCAAGCAAGCUCAAGAUUGGUGUUGUUCAGACAGCCUAUGCCAAUGGUUCUAGCACAGACUAUAUUGAAAAAGUCCUGAAACUCCCCUCUGUUUGCACAAACACUGGUGUGAAGCACCUUCACCAUGCUGCUCUUCGAUUUGAUGUCGGGGUCUAUUUCGAGGCGAACGGACACGGUACAGUUACUUUCUCCGAGAAUGCUUUGAAAACCAUCAAAACUACAGAGCCCCAGUCACCGGCCCAAAAACGCGCCCUUGAAUGUCUAGACGCCCUCACAGACCUGAUCAACCAAGCUGUUGGCGAUGCUCUCAGCGACUUGCUCCUCGUCGAAGCCAUUCUCGCACACAAGGGUUGGACUCCCACAGAGUGGCUGGCCACCUACACAGACCUCCCUUCAAGGCUUGUCCGGGUGGAGGUCGCUGACCGCUCAAUUUUCAAAGCCUACGAUGCCGAGCGUAAGCUUGAGUCUCCCCCUGGCCUCCAAGCCAAGAUUGAGUCCCUGCAAUCCCGCUACAACAAAGGCCGAAGCUUUGCACGCGCAAGCGGUACGGAAGAUGCCGUGCGUGUGUAUGCCGAGGCCGCGAGUCGAUCUGAGGCUGAUGACCUCGCCACGCGUGUUGCAAAUGCAGUCCGCGAUGCUGGUGCUAAGGAAGUCGUUCAGUAGAUCGAGAACAUAUUGGCUACGCAAAAGCCACUUGGAGAGGAAGUGGGCUCAGUGGACCGCGAAAAUGACGUCUAACAAAAUUGCCGAUGCCAAUGAUUUACGAUACUACACACUAUCCUAUACUACAACUAAUAGGCAUUAUGAUAAAAUCAAUGACAGUUUUCAUGUCUAUCAGACGUCGCCACAUCGAUCAAGUGUUUUGGCAUUCGCGGUUGAAUAUGCCACUCUUGAUUGUUUAUAAUGGUACGUAAAGACGAUCUAGAAUUCGGGUAUUUAUUCAACGCUAUGUAUAUAACCAACCAAUCAUUUGCAACAUAAAGCCUUUAAUGAUCGAGACA